UGCUUCUGAAUGGCAGCCCGGGGCUUUAAAACGGCUCCGGCGACCGCAGCUCAAGCUCUGCUCUUCUUCCCGUUACUGCUGUCCGGAGGGGCAGAGCUGCCGACGCAGCCUCGGGACAGACAUAACAAAAUAAAUAAAUACCGGAGGACGCCAUGAAGAGCCUGCCCUGCCUUCCCUUCCUCUUUCUGCUCUUCUGCUCGGGGGACUCGGCGGUCAUCACUGGGGCUUGUGACAGAGAUCUGCAAUGUGGUGGAGGCAUGUGCUGUGCUGUUAGUCUCUGGAUCCAAAGUCUUCGAAUUUGCACACCAAUGGGCAUCUUUGGAGAAGACUGUCAUCCUUUAAGUCAUAAAAUUCCAUUUUGGGGAAGAAGAAUGCAUCACAGCUGUCCCUGUGAACCUAACUUGGCUUGUGUCCGGAUUUCUCCAAGCAAAUACAAAUGUUUACCAGAGUUCAAAAAUGAUGACAUCUAUUUUUAGCAGAAGGAUGAUGAAGAAUUAUGUAUCAUUGCAU